AAAAUACAAUUUUUUAAAUUUCUCAAAUUAUUUUUUGACUUUUAAACAAAAAAAAAUAUAAUAGAUUUUUAACUAAAGAAAUAAAUUAAAAUUGGAACGUUUAUAAAAAUAAAAUGGACAUUUCAAACAAUUCUGUUCGAAAAACAAUACCAAACUUCGAGGACCAACUAAAUAUUGAUGAGAGUGAUUUUCCACAACAAGCUGACAACUUAUCCAGAAUACCAGAUUAUUUUAUAGAUAUCUCACCAGGAACAUCCAAGUAUUGUAAUCAAGAUUCAACUUUGGAUGAUGCCAACAAAAAUGAUAAUGCUUCCUUAGAAUCUACAGAAUCCUACUCGUGCCGCAUAUGUCACAACAGUGAAAAUCCAGAGAAACUUGUUUCCCCAUGUUUGUGUAAAGGCUCCCUAUCAUAUGUCCAUAUUGAUUGCCUAGAAAGAUGGAUCAGCGUGUCAAGUUGUACAACUUGUGAAUUAUGCCAGUUUCAAUACAAUACUGAACAAACUUUAAGAUAUACUUUCUAUCAAUCCCUACGCAUGUGGUACUCCCGUAAUAUGAGCCGUAGAGCCCUACAGGAAGACUGCCAAAUGUUUUCACUAUUAACUUUAGUAGCAUUUGGUAUUAUUGGUACUCUAUUGGUGGCAGUGCAGUAUUACAUUCUACAGGGUCAUAUUAGUGGCCUGGGUCGGUUAUGGACCAAGGGCUGGCUUAUAUUUUUUCUAUUCACCACGUUAAUUGUGUAUUUUGUAAAUGUUUACAUGAUCAUAAAAUCACAACUGAUGCCCUGGUACAGGCUAAGCAAACCUAGUGUGCGUUUUUAGAAAAAUAACCAACAAUUUAGGCACUAUUUGCGUGAUUUGAGGCAAUUUGUGAACGUCUAUCUGUAUGUAAGGGAAUUAAUGAAGAAUAUAUGUAUGUAUCUUGCAAUAUGUGGG